AUGCCUCUUUCAGAUCAUACCCCGCCGUCAGUGAAUGGCGAUGGCAGCACUGCUUCGGCAGAGCCCGCCUGGACUGUGCAAAAGUUCGGAGGAACCAGUGUGGGCAAGUUUGCUAUCAAUAUAGUUGAUCACAUCGUAUUACCGAGUUUGGCGGAACAGAAAGUCGCUGUCGUAUGUUCCGCACGCAGCAGUUCCUCCAAGGCCGAGGGUACCACAAAUCGCCUCUUGCGAGCCGCUCGAGACGCUCAAAACUGCAGAUCAAAAGCCUACGAUAUUCUAGUGGAAGCCGUGAGGCAAGAGCACAUCGAAGUAGCUCAACAACAAAUCAAAUCCUCCGAAUUAAGAGACCGCUUAAUCUCAGAUAUCAACGAUGAAUGCGCCCACGUCCUUAAAAUCCUCGACGCCGCCCAGACGCUCGGGGAAACAAGCGCUCGAUGUGUCGAUAAAGUGAUCAGUGCUGGAGAGAAACUCAGCUGUCGGUUUAUGGCUGCUCUCUUGCAGGACCGCGGCGUUGACUCCGAAUACGUCGACCUUUCAGAAAUUAUAGAUUUUACCAUCGGCAAUGGCGGUCUCGAUCAAGCCUUUUACGAUCAAUUGGCAGUGAAUCUGGGAGCAAGGAUCCGAGCUUGCGAGUCAAGAGUGCCUGUUGUGACGGGAUAUUUUGGACCAGUUCCCGGAGGCCUGUUAGAUAAGAUUGGUCGAGGAUACACGGAUUUAUGCGCUGCCCUGGUCGCCGUGGGCGUCAAUGCGAAAGAGCUGCAAGUCUGGAAAGAGGUUGACGGUAUAUUCACUGCAGACCCUCGCAAAGUCCCAACAGCUCGCCUCCUGCCAGCAAUUACACCGGCCGAAGCCGCUGAAUUGACAUUUUAUGGAUCCGAGGUCAUUCACCCAUUCACCAUGGAACAAGUCAUUCGCGCGAGUAUCCCGAUCCGUAUAAAGAACGUUAUGAAUCCCAAGGGAAGCGGAACGGUCAUUUUCCCCGACUCGACGGCCGAUCUCGAACGCAUAGCAGGCGGUUAUAAAUCCAAACUGAUCCGGUCAAGAAGCGCCAGCGUCUUGUCUGCGCAAAUCCAGGGUCCCAAGAGACCGACGGCAGUGACCAUCAAACAUAAUAUUCUUGUUAUCAACGUCCAUUCCAACAAACGAUCACUAUCCCACGGCUUCUUCGCCGGCAUAUUCUCGGUGCUGGAUCGAUGGCGGCUAUCGAUCGAUUUGAUCUCGACGAGUGAAGUACACGUGUCUAUGGCUCUUCAUUCUGAAUUGCCGCUUUUGAACGGAAUUGGCCGGGAUGAAUAUCAGAUCAUUGACGAGGACUUGCGUGGUGCCAUCGAAGAUCUAAGGAAAUAUGGAGCGGUGGAUAUCAUACCGGAAAUGGCCAUUCUGAGUCUGGUGGGCAAGCAGAUGAAGAAUAUGAUCGGUGUUGCGGGAAAGAUGUUCUCGACACUUGGAGAGAAUAACGUCAAUAUUGAAAUGAUUUCGCAGGGAGCAAGUGAAAUCAACAUUUCCUGCGUGAUCGAUGAAAGAGACGCCGAUCGGGCUAUUAAUAUCCUCCACACGAAUCUUUUCACCUUUUUGGAAUAG